AGUCCCAACAAUUCCCAUCCCACCAAGCCUGCUUUGCACACGUACCUGUUCCCUGUAGUGAUGGUCCGACCCGCUGCUACUGUCACCCGCGAACCGGCGCUAGCUGUCAUCGCAGAUACCUAGCCGUGCGUGCCCUUGUUGAACGGUCCAACCGGUUCGAGAUAUCUCAACGGAGCCAUUAAAUAAAAGCAAUCAACCUCUCACAGCCCGAGUUCAUAGACUCAUUCUCACCCACAAGAAACAACAUAUUUCCUUGCAUAAAUACAAGUCCAAAGGACUUUCUCACUCACAGAGUCCCCCCCCAAAAAAAAAGAGAACCACUCACUCGCUCGGCAAGAAUACGCACAGCAAUGUCCUCACCCAAACCCCCUCCGCUCCCUGCCUCCGAGGGCGCGUCCGGCGUCAGGAACCGCACCCACCGGCCGUCCGCCGCGGAAACCCUCCUCUCGUCGGUGGAGUCGACAGCCAUCCGCCUCGAGAAGAAGGUCGAGGACGCCCUACUGGUCCUCUGGGACGACCUCCCUUCCUGGCGCCGCGACAACGCCUACAUCCUGACGGGCUACCGCCGCGCCUCGGGCUCGUACCUCGGCUCCCUCCGGUCCCUGGCCUACCUGCACAACGAGUCCGUCAACAUCUGGUCCCACCUCGUCGGCGCCGUCGCCUUCCUGCUCGCCGGCCUCGUGCUGUACACCACCGUCGCGCCGCGCUACGCCUCGGCCGCGCCCGCCGACGUGCUCGUCUUCGCCUGCUUCUUCGCCGGCGCCAUCUCCUGCCUCGGCAUGAGCGCCACCUACCACGCCGUCUGCAACCACUCGCCCGAGGUCGCCAAGUGGGGCAAUAAGCUCGACUACUCGGGCAUCGUCUUCCUCAUCGUCGGCAGCUACGUGCCGGCCAUGUACUAUGGCUUCUACUGCCACCCGUCGCUGAUGCGCUUCUACCUGUGGACGAUCAACCUUCUCGGCCUCGGCUGCGGCGCCGUCUCCUGGAUCGAGUUCUUCCGCUCCCCGGAGUGGCGCACCUUCCGCGCCUGCAUGUUCGUCGCCCUCGGCACCUCGGGCGUCGUGCCCGUCCUCCACGGCGCCGCCCUCUACGGCCGCGCCGAGAUGGAGGCCCGCAUGAGCCUCAGCUGGGUCGUCCUGCACGGCGCCCUGUACAUCUUCGGCGCCUUCCUGUACGCCGUCCGCUGGCCCGAGCGGUCGUUCCCGGGGACCUUUGACAUCUGGGGCAGCUCCCACCAGAUCUUCCACUUCUUCGUCGUCGCCGCUGCCGCGACGCAUCUGUACGGCAUGGCCAAGGCCUUUGACUAUCACCACACCGUCCGCGGGUCGCUUUGCUUGUAGCCUAUUUCCCGGCGCCUGGCGCACAAUCUAUUGUGGUUGUUGCUGUUGUCUUGUCAUUGUCCCGU